AUGUCCUACAGCUGCUGCUCUGGAAACUUCUCCUCCUCCCGCUCCUUUGGGGGAUACCUGCGCUACCCCAGCUCCUCCUGUGGCUCAUCCCACCCCAGCAACCUGGUCUACCGCACUGACGUCUGCUCUCCCAGCACCUGCCAGGUGGGCUCCUCCCUUCACAGUGGCUGUCAGGAGACCUGCUGUAAGCCCACCAGCUGCCAGACAUCCUGUGUGGUGUCCAGACCUUGCCCGACGUCCUGCUAUCGCCCAAGGACCUCCACGCUCUGCAGUCCCUGCCAGACGACUUGCUCUGGGUCUCUGGGUUUGGGGUCUAGCAGCUGCCGUUCCCUGGGCUAUGGAUCCAGAAGCUGCUACCCGACCUCCUUGGCUUCUAGAAGUUUCCAGUCUUGUUACAGGCCAACCUAUAUAUCAGCUUUCUGUAAAUCAACUUGUUGA